AUGGCGACUCCAAAGUUCAGCUCGAAAUCGCCCACGAUUAGACGAAUACUUCGUGAAGCAGCCGAAAUCUCCAAUUCACCUUCUGCCGAUUACACAGCCGAGCCCCUCGAAUCCGACCUGUUCGAGUGGCACUUCACACUCAAGGGGCCACCCAACUCAGUCUACAGCAACGGCAUCUAUCAUGGUCGCAUAGUUCUUCCACCCACAUACCCACUUCGGCCGCCUUCUUUCCGCUUCAUGACACCAAGUGGUAGAUUCGAAGCCAAUCGUGAGAUCUGCUUGAGUAUCAGUGGCCAUCAUGAGGAGACGUGGCAACCUGCAUGGGGAGUACGGACAGCUCUUGUAGCGCUUCGAAGUUUUAUGGAGACGGAUGCUCGUGGCCAGCUCGGAGGUCUUGAAACCACCGACGCAGUGCGCCAACGUCUUGCCAACGAGUCACCAGCAUUCAAAUGCGCAACGUGCGGCAAGACAAACGACGAGAUCAUCAAGGAAUGCGAAGAGCGAGCAAAGGAAGCAUCAUCAAGUGCACAGGAAGUCGAGAUCCCCAAAGAGUUGAACAUGGGAUGGCGAGAUGAGAUGGGAGCCAAGAAGGAGGGCGAGAGCAAACCCGGACAGACAAACGACGACGCCGAGACCGCUCAGCUUGCAGAGGGAUUUGUUCAGACUGCACCAGAUGCUGUCACAGCUGCCAACGAUUCUUCGGCCCCUCAACCACCAGCAGAGAACCGAAACCCCACUCCGACCCGAACUACUCCCCUCCCCGUUCCGGCGGCUCAAGGACUUGUACCACAGGCUGCAGCACAGGCACAAGCGCAGCAAGCUCGAAGGGCAACAGACGACGGUGUUCCUUUGUGGCUUGAUCGAACUAUCGUUGUUUUGGUGGUGCUCUUGGUGGCUCUCGUUCUCAAGAUCAUCUUUGCUGUGUGA